AUGAAAGAACGAGGAUAUCGAGUAUCCUUCGCCACUCACGACUCGGGGCGGGAGUGGGCACACGCCUACGGUGUCCCCUUCCUAUCAGCCGGAGCCUUUCCCAUAUCCGCUGAAGAUCUGCGCGUCAAGCUCCGAGCUAUGACGCGGGACGCCUCGAAUUUCCGAGGAAUUCUAACCAUGUUUAACGAUAUUUACGUCCGAGCAGCAAGACCCAUGUUCGACGCCCUGCUGCCUCAACUGGAACAUAACGGGACCAAUGCCAAUGCGCCGGACAUAUUGGUGAUGGAUAUCGCCACUGUGGGGGCCCAAGAUCUCGCACAUAAACUGAAAAUCCCGUACAUUCUGAACUCCCCUUCACUGCUAUUUGAUCUGGGAGGAGCGCCGAGUUAUGUGCCUGCAUGGGGCACAGGAUUCAGCGAGAACAUGUCACUCUGGAAUCGGUGUAUGAAUAUUCUAUUCCCGAGGUUAUUGUCAGUGGCAUUAACCCCGCCGUUCAUGGAGCUCAACAAGAUGCGAUAUGAGCUGGACUUGCCACCGUUCCGAUCCCAGCACGAUUUGUUCAAAGGAGCUCGUGUUAUUCUGAACACAGCAUUCGGGCUUGAGCAUCCACAACCUCUUUCUCCGCUCGUGGAUGCUGUUGGACCGAUAAUGCCAGUACCAGGUGGAAAUGCGAGCAAAUUAGAACGCCACCCUCUUCCAUCGGCGUUGCUGAGCUGGCUAGAUGCGUCAAUUGAAUCAACACCGUCGUUGCGACUACGUCAGCGGACAGCAUCGCAUCGAGCCAAAUCUACAGAGCAGGACCUUGAAGCAGCUGCUGGAGGUGUGGUGUACCUGAAUCUGGGGACGAUGGCGUACAUUGAUGCCUGGCAGGCUCAAGCACUCGUCGAAGGACUGCUCAUGGGACCUGAAGACUCGCCUGUGAAGGUUCUAUGGGUUCUUCCUACAGAUCAACGUGGUAAUUUACCACCUGCAUUGCCGCCUUCUCUGGUUGUAAAGCCACCUAGCUCGUCGCUGUCGAACUUGGAAAUCCUGAGUCAUCCCGCUGUCAGACUGGUAGUUUCGCACUGUGGCAUGGUAUCGGCUCAAGAAGCACUUGUGAUGGGCAAGCCGUUGCUGUGUAUUCCCUUUUUGGUGGACCAACCGGACGUGGCGGCCCGUGUCGAGGAUUCCGGAGCGGGUAUUGCGCUGGACAAGAAUCUUCUCUCGGGCCCGUACGUACACGCCGCAGUCACUCCAUGGCACAAGACCGCUCUACUUGACGUCUGGGCGGUCUACGCUGCUCUCAUCUGUCUACUGGCUGUUUUCGUACGCAUUCAGUGGCUUCUUCUCUUCAUCUGGGUGUCCGAGAGCUUUAGUCUCCUCUCUAAUUUGAUCCUGGGGCCACCACUUCCUCCCUCGUCAAUGGCUGAAGGAUAUGACGAUGCAUACGAAGACGGUGAAGACGCUGAAGAAGAGAGUGACACGUCGCAGCCCGCAAGUUAG